AUGAGCCUUCCCGUUGGCGGGCAUGGCCGGUCGCGUGCUGUGUCUACCGCUAUUGUCCCUCAACCACGCGAUGACGAUAUCAGCUCACUGGUGGACAGCCUGCGACUCCUAGCCUGCAGCACAUAUGCCAGCCUCUCCGAUGCGCUCGACGACUCGACGACUCUCCAGCAACUGCGCCAUAAACUCAAAGAUGACAACGAUCUACACUCGUCCAAAGGCGGCUUCAGAAGGGUCGGAGGACACCAGGUGGUUCUGAACCUGGCUGAGAACAUUUGCAGCUUGUAUGAACAGCACGGUCCAGUCGCUGAGACGAAGCGUACGCUACAGCAUCUCGGACAAGUGCUGGGCGUACUGAGUGCUUCGCUCGAAGGCCAUGCUGGGAACCAGAAGUUCUUUCGAUCGGGUCCAGUUGGCGACGGCUGGGCACGCCUCAAGGUCUGUUUGGACAGGCUCCUGUCAAACGUAGUCGAGGGUCAGUCGGAUGACGAGGGUUUGGAGCAACUCCUGGGUCUCUUGUUAGCAGCAGCAACAUGUGAAGAGUCGACCGCAGACUUAUACACCUCGUUGGCACGAGCGAACUCUGGUGCUGAUGCUGAGGAAGGCGGACUCUCCGGAUUUGAUACCAUCUCAAUACAGAACAAGAUCGAGGCGGUACUGGCAGAUGGUACAGAAUUGGCACUCCCAGAGUUCGUGGUCCUACAGGUUCAUGUCUGGAGCAAGGCUCGUGACAACCUCAGCGCUGUCACACACCAUGCACUCCCACUAGGCCUGACAGCUCUGGUGUCAGGCUCUCGUCACAACCUGGUUGCUGCACACCUUGCAGGGCUAUCGAGGGAGAUACUGCCUUUGGUCUUUGUAGACGACCUUCCCCUGCAGCAACGUCGCCUAUGGCAGAAUGUCUCAAAGCUACUCUACAGCGAAGGUGCGUCGGACCUGGGCGAGGCAAGGCAAAUAUUCUCAAACGCUCGAUCGAAUCCAGAGGCUGGACAAUUUUUGCUCGAUGCACUCAAAGAUUCGAGACGGCCUUCCAGCGUGCAAUUUGACUUGGCUCAUGCGGGAUACUCAUCUGUCGAGCUAAGCUCACUCGGCCGGCCGUUCCCACCGACGGACUCUGCAGGCUACACACUCAGUAUCUGGGCUCGCUUUGAUGACUUCGAUCAAGAUGCCCACACAACACUGUUUGGUGCGUUUGAUAGCUCACAAAGUUGCUUUGUGCUCAUAUAUCUGGAGAAGGACACCCAUCAUCUCAUACUUCAGACUGCAAUCAGGGGUCAAAGACCAAGUGUGAGGUUCAAGAGUGUGGCCUUUUUGCCGAAUAAGUGGUAUCAUAUAGCGCUCGUUCAUAAGCGGCCUAGAACAGCCACUUCCUCCAAGGCGUAUCUGUUUGUCGAUGGCGAGUUCGCUGAACAGCAGAAGGCAAACUAUCCAUCGAUCCCGCCGUCUGAAAAAGGCCAACGACUAAAGGUACAAGGCUUUCUCGGCACUCCGCAAGAUCUGUCUCCAGCUCAAUCAGGCGAGCGGUGUAUGUCAAAGUGGUCACUGGCUUCGGCCGCGCUGAUUGCGGAGGCUUUGAGCGACGAUAUUGUCGCUGUCUUCUUCAAUCUUGGGCCGCAUUAUCAUGGCAACUUCCAAGACUGCUUGGGCUCCUUCCAAACCUACAAGGCAUCGGCAGCUCUCAACUUGAGGAACGAAAUGCUUCACCCUGGGAAAGAAGACAAUUCGGAGUUGAUAUUGGCUAUUCGGCAAAAAGCUAGUGAUCUGAUCGCAGAAGAUCGAAUUCUCCUUAGUAUUUCUCCUGCUACCAUUUUAGAUUCAGACGAUCGCAACCACGUGGACGAAUCUCAGCUAGUCAAGUCGCUAUCGAAAUUGGCGGCGAAGAAUCUCAUGGCCUACACACGAGCGGGAUCAAACGCAGUUGCCGUCAACGGAGCGAUACCAGCUAUCAAUGAUGCCUUGACUCAAGAAAGUGGUGUGGCGAUGCUCAUGGGGGAGCCAACCGUUGCGGUACCACAACCUCUCGAGGAUGCAGCGUGGCGACUGGGCGGCUGUGCGCCUAUCGUGCUCGGCCUGGUCGCGCAUGCUACGACGACGGAAGAUCUGGCUCUGGCUGUGGACAUUCUCUUUGAGACGAUCCGCAGCAGCUGGCGGAACAGCGAAGUGAUGGAGCGUGAGCGAGGAUACGACAUACUUGCGAUGCUGCUUCGAAGCAAGUUAACGCAAAGCAACGACCCAAGCAAACCAAUCUCCCUGUUGCCAACGGCUGCAUUAGACCGACCUAGCCUGUUCCUCAAGCUUCUGGACUCGAUUCUGGAUUUCGUCGGGUACGACAGUCACCAGAAGGACCAAUCUGUGAUCAAUAAUCCUCUGGCCUACAAGGUGCUACUAGUUGACUGCAAUCUCUGGCGCUGUGGGCCGAGUGCUGUGCGAGAGCUCUACUUCGAGCAGUUCCAGACAUUUGCGGUGACGAGCGUCCACAGCAGAUUCAAUCUCAGGCGCUUAGCUCGCAUGAGGGUGCUCCGUCGACUGCUUGAAGCCCUGAAAUCCGAGCCGGUCACCAAAACGGCAAUGCAAUCGUAUGCAGAUACAUUCCGCAUUCUGCUGCCUCAAGCUAUCACAGCUGAACUCCUUCGCUCCAUGGCCCUAUUCAUCACGUAUGCUGUCAACAAGCGGCACGUUGGCUACUAA